ACACACGAGCGGAAGUAUGAUGCGCGAGCCGAGGGGAAAGGGGUGUGGCUCGGCUCCUACACAACUUGGGCCGUGAUUGAUUCAACGAAGAGGUGUGAGCGCUCUCUCUCUCAUACAGUACCCAGAGGCGUUCAGAUUCGCUACUCCGUGUUCCAUCGUUCAGAUUCGCUGCUGCUACUCAGCCCUUCGCUAUAUUUCUCUGCUCUCUCUUCAUUGCUUUACCUCUGCGUUCCAAGUCACUUCAGGUUGAACCGCCAAGCGGUUCUUACUAGUUUUCGACUCAAAAGCGAUUCCAAGCUGUGGCGAUUUCUCGAGCAAAGCGCGUGACGUUCUCGAGCUUUGCGACGCGAAUCAGCUCCGGCUGAGAAUCCCCAUCAGACUCUCGUUUUUCUUUCAACAGAUUUACAGUCUGCCGCUUCGGGAAAGGACAUCGCACACUCGAGUGAGCCAGCGGAUCAACUUGAACGAUGGUGGCGCAACCUUCUCUCCGCGCUGCAUCCGCUGCGGUGUGCCGCAACCUGCUGCUUGCGGUCGUCCUCGUCAUCGUCGCUCCGAUCCACGUCAGCAGCAGCCCGCACAGCCCACACGUGGCGCGAUGCUCGCCGAUCUGGCAGACACGUGGCCGCCCUUGCUCCUGGUUCGAGGGAUGGUACGUGCGAGUAGUGGACCCCUCUACAGGAGGCAGCUAUGCCGCCAUCAUCGGCUCCAUGCCUGUAGCGAAUCGCUCUAUAGCGAUGCUGCUCAGCUGCCACCCUAAGGGGGGGAAGGUGAACCGGCAUCAGGAGGCGGUUGAAGGGCAAGAAAGUUAUAGUGCGGGGGACGGGAGGAGGGUGAUGAGGGAAGGGGGGAGGGGGGAGCAGGAGGAGCAGAAGCAGGAACAGGGGGUGGGAGAUACGGAGGGCGAACGGGGAGAAGCAUUUUUGGGAGGGGCAUCAAAGGAAGGGGCGUGUGCGAUGGGCGCGGCUGGAGAUGGGCGGUCUGUGGAGGGUGGCGACUUUGAGUCUUUGCUGGGGCAUGGUGCAGCGGCGGGACCGCCUGGAGCAGGUGCAUGUGAAGAGACGCUGAUUGAGAAGAUGGAAAUAGCGCCUCCCAGAAUCACUGUUGGAUCUCACCCCGCCAGGCCUGUCUCCUCCGACCCACGUGAUGCCGACCCGCCCGUAUUCGAGUGGCGGGCAGAGGGCCAUGGGUUUCUGAUCUCCCGUGGCUUUAACCACACGGCAGUGGACAUUCGUGUCGGGGGGUCGAGGAUGCAAGCCAACCUCACCAACCAGCGCCACUGGGACCCCUCCCACCCAGGGGCAGGCCCAGAGGGGUGGGCGGCGUCGCUCUCUCAGCUGAUUCCAGGGGGGUGGGGCGAGCUGCCCUGUUGCUGGUUCGUCAAUAGCCUGGGAUCGACUGCCUCCUACCGUUUCUCAAACGAAUCCGAGGGGGUGGAGGUGGAGGGGAUGGGGUGGGCGCACGAGGAGAAGAACUGGGGGGCGCACUUUCCUGCAGGCCAUGUGUGGACGCAGGGCAUGUCGUCUGACAACAGCGUACAGUUGGUGGCAGCGGGGGCGUUUUUCCGCGUGGCCUCGCUCCCCUCCCCGCUCAUCCUCACCCUCGGCCUGCGCACCCCCCACCUCGCCCUCGACCUCCGCUCCAUCGACCCCCUCACCUCCUUCUCCCCCCCGAUCAUCCACGCCUGCUCCGGCACUCUCACCCUCGCCGCCCAGACGACCAACGCCGCCCUGCGGCUGCGCGUGCGUGCGCCUCCGGCGUCUUUUAGCGGGGCGGUGUGGAUGCCUCGGGGGGAUGGGGACUGGGAUGCGACGGGGAGGGAGAGUUUCAGUGCGGUUAUGGAGAUAGAGGUUGACGUGUGGGGCGAGGGAACAGGGGAGGGGGGUGGCGUUUUGAAAAGGCUUGGUACUUACUUUUGGGGUGGUGUUUCUAGGUGGGUGGGGAGGGGCACUGGAGUGGGAACUGACGCAAGUGGUCGGAGGAAGGUGUACAGAUACACUGUCUGCAGUGCAGCAUUGGAAUUUGCUGGCGAGUAUGAAUGUUUGCAGGGGGAAUACUAGUGGCAUGUUGUAGCUCCUUGUGCCAUUUAUUAGGAAGGCAUUCAGUGAGAUGUCACAAGCUGUGCUCUCCAUUCAUGGGGGCUUACAGUUACCGGUAGUCAUAAAAAAAGUAAACAAAAGAGUCAACAAAGCCAAGCUUGGACAAUACUUUGCAAAGCACUAGC